AUGGCAAGGAUUCUUACUAGAAUUUUGGAGACUUUGGGACUGAGGAAGAAGAAGGCGCAGAAAGAAAAUUCGAAACAGCAGCAGCAGCAGCAGGCAAAAGGAAAGGAGUCAGCAGAAAAGGACGUGGAGGUCAGGAACAUGUCGUCAAACGCCGCCGCCGCCGCCGCCGCACCGGCAUCGCUGCAGGAGUGGGAGAUCAAGGAGCCGUGGAUCAAGCUCCACUGCGCGCUGGGCGAGGGGCCGUACUACGAAAAGGCGAGCCACCGCCUGCGCUUUGUCGACAUCAUCGAGAAGCGCAUACACACGGUGGACCUGCACCGGGGGCCCGAGUCGCUGUCGACGCUGCAGCUCGACGUCCGCGUCGGCGUCACGGCCGACAUUGCCGGCGUCGACCCGCGCGAGCGCAUCCUCGUCGGCGCCAAGCACGGCGCCGCCAUCCUGCACCGCGACUCGGGCCGCUACGAGUACCUGACCAAGUUCUACGUCGAGGACAAGGAGCGCAUCCGUGGCAACGACGGUGCUGUCGAUCCUCAUGGCCGCUUCUGGCUCGGCAGUAUGACGGAUUUUGGUUAUGGCCCCGUGCAACCCGAGGGUGCCCUGUGGUUGUUCCACGCCGGAGACCCCGGCCUGGAGGUCAAGGGCCCAGUGUCCAUCCCCAACUCGGUGAGCUGGUCGCCGGACAAGAAGACCAUGUACUUUACGCACUCGUCGUCGCGCGUGAUCCACGCCUUUGACUAUGCCGACACGGCUGAAGGGCCCGCCGUGUCAAACGAGCGCAUCUUCUUCAUGUACAAUGGCCAGGGCGAGCCCGACGGCCACCGCAUCGACGUCGAGGGCAACAUGUGGUGCGCCGUGUACGGCGACGCCGUGGUGCUCAAGAUCUCGCCCAAGGGCCAGCUGAUCGGCUGCAUCAAGAUGCCGACCCGCAACAUUACCUGCGUCGAAUUUGUCGGCACGGAGAUCUUCAUUACCACCGCCGGCAUGGAGGAGGGCCAGGGCACCCCCGAGGAGGUCGACUUUAGCGGUGGCUUGUUCCGAAUCGAUGUCGGUGUUCGUGGCCAGGAGCCUCACCUGUUCAAGCUGGACGCGUAA